UAUAGGUUAUGGACCAAAAUGAAGCUUUUAUCUAAUCAAACUUAAAAAUGAAAGAUUAUGGAUGGAUGUAGAGAGUACUAUAUAUAGAGAUAUUAAUUAAUGAAUGAAUGCUUCUUGACAAUUCACAGACAUCAUCACAAAAUUUUUGUAAUGAUGAUCAUCAACUUUCUCUCCCUUCACUUCACUUGCCAUAAUCAUUCAUUCUAAUUUCUAAUUCUAAUGCCCCCUAUUCAUUCAAGUAUCAUACUUUUUGUCUGCAAAUCUUAAUAGAUGAUUGGAAGAAGAUUAUUUUACAUGUACUUUUCUUAGGGCAUGAAAACCUUCAACCUUCUCUUCUUCGACACCUUCUUCUUCCUACCUCCAACAACAACAACAACACUACUCAUCGUGUGAUGUAGGAGAGCUGACAGAUGAAUCGGAAUCGAUUGGGCUUGAGAGUUCACCAUUCAGGAUCAACUCAAUCGGAGGAGUCGGCGCUGGACCUAGAAAGAAACUACUAUGGUCAUCCUAAUCAAUCGUCCAGCCCUCUACACUUACACAGUUUUGCGGUGGGUGUUCAGCAUUCCGAAAGCAAUGCAGCUUACUUUUCUUGGCCUACAUUGAGUCGCUGGAAUGACGCAGCAGAAGACAGGGCCAACUAUUUUGGAAAUCUUCAAAAGGGAGUGCUACCUGAAACUUUGGGCCGGUUGCCGUCAGGACAGCAAGCUACAUCAUUGCUUGAACUUAUGACUAUUAGGGCAUUUCAUAGUAAGAUUUUACGAAGGUUCAGUCUUGGCACUGCAAUUGGAUUUCGUAUCAGAGGAGGUGUUUUGACGGAUAUUCCAGCAAUUCUUGUCUUUGUUGCUCAUAAAGUUCAUAGGCAAUGGCUCAACCAUGUUCAGUGCCUACCUGCUGCCCUUGAGGUGGGGAAUUUUGGUUCUUCUGGCUAUGUUGCAGGGUCCAGGAGGUGUUUGGUGUGACGUGGAUGUUGUGGAGUUCUCCUAUUACGGUGCACCUGCACAAACUCCUAAAGAACAAUUAUAUACGGAGCUUGCUGAUGGCUUAAGGGGAAGCGAUUCAUGUGUUGGCUCUGGUUCUCAGGUUGCAAGUCAAGAGACGUAUGGAACCUUAGGUGCUAUUGUUAGAAGCCGAACGGGAAGUCGAGAAGUUGGUUUUCUAACAAAUCGACAUGUGGCUGUUGAUUUGGACUAUCCAAAUCAGAAGAUGUUUCAUCCGUUGCCACCUAGUCUUGGACCUGGUGUAUAUCUUGGUGCUGUUGAGAGAGCAACAUCAUUUAUUACUGAUGAUCUUUGGUAUGGCAUUUUUGCUGGAACAAACCCAGAAACAUUUGUGCGAGCUGAUGGUGCAUUCAUCCGAUUUGCAGAAGAUUUUAAUAUGACCAAUGUAAUUACAUCUAUAAGAGGUGUGGGUGAUAUUGGUGAAGUCCAUGUCAUAGAUUUGCAGUCUCCAAUUAACAGUCUUAUUGGUAGACAAGUGAUUAAAGUUGGAAGAAGUUCUGGUUUGACUACAGGGACUAUAAUGGCCUAUGCCCUCGAGUAUAAUGAUGAGAAAGGUAUUUGUUUUCUCACUGAUUUUCUUGUUGUCGGUGAGAACCAGCAGACGUUUGACCUUGAAGGUGACAGUGGAAGCCUCAUUCUCUUGACUGGUCAGAAUAGGGAGAAGCCACGUCCUGUUGGUAUUAUCUGGGGCGGGACAGCUAAUCGGGGUCGUUUGAAACUACGAGUUGGUCAACCCCCUGAGAAUUGGACAAGUGGUGUUGACCUUGGACGGCUUCUUGAUCUCCUUGAACUUGAUCUUGUAACAACAAAUGAAGCACUCCACGCUGCGGUGCAAGAGGAAAGAAUUGGCUCUACUGCUGGAAUUGGUUCUACAGUUGGAGAAUCAUCUCCCGUUGUGCCAGUGAAAGAAAAGCUUGAAGAGAGCUUCGAGCCUUUUUGCUUAAAUAUGCAACAAGUUCUAGUUGAAGAAGAACCAUCUAAUAUAGUGAAACCAUCAUUAAGUCCCUGUGAAUUUCUUACGAGAAAUGAGAUCGAAACAGUUCCAAAUGUAGAACACCAGUUCAUACCAACUAGUUUUGCAGGCAAAUCCCCAGCUCAUCAAAGCUACCUAAAAGAAGACUUGGAAUUCAAAAGUCUCUCCGAACUUAGGAAUGAACCCGAUGAAGAUAAUUUUGUUUCCUUGCAUUUAGGAGAACCUGAAGCGAAGAGAAGAAAACAUUUGAAUGCUUCCUCGUCAUCAAAGAGUUAAAGCAGUAGGGGGGUUCAAAGUGAAGUAAAAUGCAACAUAUAUUUAUAGAAUUAAUGAUGCAACUCUCGUCUGCGUUGUUGUAGUAAAGGCUGUUAGUAUGUGGUGCUUCAAAAGUAAAAAAUAAAUAAGGUUCAGUAACUCCUACAUGAAAUUCUUAUUAUUUUUUAUUUUUUUAUUUUUAUUUUCAUGUUUUGAUAAGGUGAUGAUAUUAAUCACUUGUGGGCUACGUUAUAUUUUAAAGAGGACAUUUAGCUUGCACUGAUUUAUUUACCACUUUGACUUUGUAUCAUAAGCACUUCUGAAAGGGCAACAGCUAUUGUAAGUUAAAGGAAUGUAAAAUAUAUCUUUGUUGAGCUUCAA